CUCUCUCCAGUCUGAGUGCACUUCGGCCCCCAGCCUCUUUGCCCCUGGCUGUGCUCUGCCAGUCAGGCACUCAUCAGGCCUUCGCAGUCCUUUGAUUAACCUUACGGCUUCUCCCACCUUCCCCUUUUCCCUCCUUCUGCAAAAUCUUCUAGCUGUCUGGUGUCCCUUUCUCCCAGGGCAACCCAGUGGGUUGGACUGGAGGUGCAGAAGACACAGGCAGCUGCCCUCUUGGCCUGGCCUGGCCCUGCCCAGAGGGGUAGCAUUUGAACAUGAUGGCUGGAGGCAAGGAGAAGAGUGUGAAAGCCCUAAAGGAGGUGUGGAGAAGAGCAGAAAACUCUUUGUGCGCAGACUGUGGGAAGCCGGAUCCUGACUGGGCCUCCUCUACUUUGGGUGUCUUUAUAUGCCUCAGCUGUUCAGGAAUUCAUCGCAACAUCCCUAGCAUCAGCAAAGUCAAAUCCCUGAAGAUGGACCACUGGGAUGAUGCUCAGGUGCAGUUCCUGGCCCAGCACGGGAAUGCCGUGACUAAAGCCACAUACGAAGCUCACAUCCCUAUUUACUAUUACCAGCCAACCUACAAUGACUGCCAAGUGCUGAGAGAGCAGUGGAUACGGGCCAAAUAUGAACGCAAAGAAUUCACCGAGCCAGGAAAACAGCUGCCAUACUCUGAUGGGGUGAAGGAAGGCAUCCUCUGGAAGCGAGGCCGAGACAACGGGCAGUUCUUACCCCGCAAGUUCCUCUUGUCUGAGAGAGAGGGAUCUCUGAAGUAUUUCACCAAGCAGGAUGCCAAAGAACCCAAAGUUAUUAUUAAAAUAGAUGUCAUCAAUGCUACGUUCCAGCCAGUGAAGAUUGGAAACCCCAAUGGCCUGCAGAUCACCUAUCUCAAGGACAACAAGACCCGGAAUAUAUUUGUCUACCAUGAAAAUGGAAAAGAAGUAGUGGACUGGUUCAAUGCUAUUCGCUCUGUGCAGUUCCAUUAUUUGAAGGUAGCAUUUCCCAUAGCCAGCAAUAACGAGCUUAAAAGCCGGCUGACAAGGAAUUUCCUAAAAGAAGGAUACAUGGAGAAGACUGGUCCCAAGCAGAAAGAGGCUUUUAAGAAGCGCUGGUUCACGCUGGAUCACCGCAGGCUCAUGUACUUCAAGGACCCGUUGGAUGCAUUUGCUAAGGGUGAAGUGUUUGUGGGCAGCAGAGAGAAUGGCUAUAACGUCCAGAAGGGAUUGCCUUCGGGUACACAGGGCAACUUCUCUUGGCACUAUGGCCUCACCAUUGUCACCCCCGACCGGGAAUACCUCUUCACCUGUGAGACAGAGACUGACCAGCUGGACUGGAUCGCAGCCUUCACUAGCAUCAUCAACCAGCCCAUGAUACCACAGGAAUAUGCAAUCGAAGCCUACUUCAAGGUUAAAUCCUAGGAAACCAUGUGAGAACCCAUCUGUGACUCAACUCUGCCUGAUGCUGUUGGGCGGGGUGUCAGGAGAGGAGAGGAGAUCCACAUCAGAGAAACCCAAUGCUCUUGCAGCCUGCCCUUUGAAGCACUUUGUUUUCCAUAGACAAACCACUUUGGUCUGGGGGCAUGAUUAAGCUGCUUCCUUUCAAAUGCGAGACUGUGAGACUGAACCCUCAGUGCAACCAGUCACUGCUAAAUUGCUGUGAUCUAACUGCAUGCUGGCAGGCACCAUGAUCGACAUGGGACCUAAUGUCACAUCUGCAUGAAACUGCGGAGAGCCACCUAUCUUAUGCAAGAAAACAGCCACCUGGCUGGAACUAAGGCCCAGAUGGUUGCAGUGGCUGGAUUAGGAGGGACCGUUCAAUUACAAGAAAUGGCUUCUCUCCUGGGGACAGAGAAGGGAAACAUUCAGAUAUUUGAUCAGUUAUAGCUGCAGUUGAGAAGGUCACUUAAAAGAUGUAAUUUGACAGCUAAGCGUGGAGCAUAUUUUCUGACACCUAUGCAUGGGCUUGGGAGCUUUUUCAGAUGAUGUGUAUGUAGAGACCUUCCUCCAAUUGCUACUGAGAACAUGAAGAGACCAAUUCAGAAACAACAUGUGUAUAUACAUAUGUGUAUGUGGAUAACUUGUGUGUGUUUGCAUGCACAUAACAAAAAGUUGUGGGAGGGGAAAUACUGGCCUGGGGAAGAUACUGUGAGGGAUAUUCAUGUCACUGAAGUUCCGCUGUCAAACGUGAGUCUCUGUAGUCAAACCAAUGGAGGGAGGUUGGCUACUGCAGAGAACAGCUUGUGGCAAGUCUGUUAGAGUCUUUUGACUCUCCCUUGACUUUACUGGAGCCUAGGGGUUGAUGUAUGAAGUUAGUAAUACAAGGGUAUCUGCUCUAGAGGGAGCAAAUGUAUGACAGAGGCCAAGCACUUUCAUUCUGACCUAUGUGUUUUAACACUUUUAUGCUGUAGUAUAACAGGUAAGUUUGUAUAUUCAUGUCCUUCUAGUAACAGUUGGACCUAGCAACUAAAUCAGCCCAUGAUUCAUAUUUUAGAGAUCUUUAAGUUCUCCUGGGAAAGCUGUGUUUCACCUGCUGGAGGAACCAGUUGAGUUCUGCUGAUGACUGCAGUAUCUAAUGUGUCUGCAGUUUUACACAGGCAGAAUGAGAACAGGCAUCUAGUGUGUUAAGGGGAGCUAACUGGAGUUAAUGGGGCAACUUGUAUUUUAAUUAGUUCCUAAAGAAAUGAAUUAAAAAUCCUCUUGUAA